AUGUCUUUAAUGUUUUAUUCCUCUUUGUUUCUUGUUAAAGGAAUUAAUUAUUAUUCUAGACGAGGUCUUAAGACUCGUCUUCCUCUUAUUUCUGAACUCAAUAAAAUUAGAAAUAUAGGCAUAAUAGCCCAUAUUGAUUCUGGAAAGACAACAUUAACAGAACAAUUACUUUAUCAAACGGGGAGUACCCAAUCUGUUGGUUUUGUAGAUGAAGGGAGUACAAUAACUGAUUUUAUGGAAAUUGAACGGGAAAGAGGUAUAACAAUUCAAUCUGCAUCAAUUUCUUCUCUAUGGAAAAAUCACAGAAUUAAUUUAAUUGAUACUCCGGGUCAUGUAGAUUUCACCGUUGAGGUCGAAAGUUUACGAGUUCUUGACGGCGUUGUUACUGUUUUGGAUGCAUCAGCGGGCGCUCAAACUUUGACAGUAUGGAGACAGGCAAAUAAAUUUAGUUUGCCUUCAAUAUUUUUUGUAAAUAAAAUGGAUAAACCUUGUGUUGAUUUAAGUUUUUGUGUUGCAUCUAUUGAAGAGAGACUAAAUGUUAAAGUUUUAAACAAUUUGUUUUUAAAGUUUACAAGAGAAAAUAGAAUACAAAAUAAUAGUUUUGAAUGGAUACAUAUAGAGAAAAAUUCUCAAAUAGAACAAAUUUUAUUAUCUGGAUUUGAAGAUAUUUGCCUUAACCUUGCUGAUAUUGAUUCAGAAUUUGAAAAAGAAAUAAUAAAAUAUCCGAAUUUAAGAAAUAUUCCUAAAGAAAUGGUCAGUCACGACACGAAAGAAGGACAGUUAAAUUAUGUUCGUCUCUUUAAAGGCGAUAUUGAACUUCCUUCAGCUGGUAAAUAUACGUUAAUCAAUGCAAAUACAGAUGAACUUCAAAAUAAUUAUAAAAUUUUUACACCAUUUAGUGAUUAUUUACAACCAAUUGAAAAAGUUGAGAAUGGGAAUAUUGCUGUAUUUACUGGCCUCAAUAAUACUAAAACUGGGGAUACCCUUAUUAUUUGUGAUUCUUCAUGCAAAAAUAAAUCAUUUGCUCGUUUUGCAUUGGAAGGUAUUAAUUCACCAUCCCCGGUGUUUUCAUGUACAAUUGAAUCACCAACUUUGGCUAGUGAACAGAAAUUUUUAAAAGCACUUUCCGAGCUUCUUGUUGAAGACCCUUCUCUUCGGAUAAGGGAGGAUUCCAACACUGGACAAAAAAUACUUGAGGGGAUGGGAGAAUUGCAAAUUGAAGUCCUUCGUGAACGAUUAUUGAGAGAAUAUAAAUUGGAUGUUUUUAUUGGGCCUAUAAGGAUUGGUUACCGUGAAUCUCCAACGAAGCCAGUUGAACACUCAAAAAUAAUUGAAGACUCAUUAUCUCAAAAAUUACAUCAAUCUUGGAUUUCUUUGAAAUUUUAUAUUGAACCUAUAACGAAAUAUGAUAAUUUUAUUAGUGUGGAAAAUAGAUUUGGAGUAUUUACUGGGGUAGAGUUAUCAUUAGAAUCAGAAAAUACAGAAGAAAUAGAAUCUGCAAAUGAAGUACUUUCAAAACGGCCAGAGUUGCUUAAAGCAAUUAACGAUGGUUGUAGUGUUGCUUUAUUCAAUGGACCAAAAAUGGGAUUUGCUGUUACCAAUGUUAAAGUAUUUUUAAAAUCUUUUACAUUUUCCGGUCGUAUUCAACCAACUUUAUUAAGUGCCUGCGCUAGUCGUUGCCUUUCUGGUGCUUUAAGAAAAUCAGCAAUAAAUAUUCUUGAGCCUUUAAUGCAAAUUGAGGUUACUAUCGUUGCUGGAAUUUCUGGAAAAACAUCAAUAAUUACUGCAUCAAUUCCUUUAUCAGAAACAAUUGGACUUUCCAAAAUUUUGAGAACAAUUUCUUCUGGAUUGGCAAGUUUUAAUUUAGAACAAAAAGGCUAUCAAUCUGUUGAUGUUGAAAAUGUUCAUAUAAAUAUUUGA